GUUCUCCGACAUUGGGUGAAAUAUUCAGCCCAGCUCGAGAUUGUACUGAUAUUGUCGAUCAAUUACCCGAAGCUGAGGAUGGAUUUUACUGGAUUGUUCUGCCCAAAGGAACGAAGCACAAGGUAUGUGUCUGGAUUAUGACAUGUCCACCAAUAGCCUUCUUGCGCCGUGGGAUGCCUUCCCACCAGUUAAUAAAAGAGAUGUAAACUAAGGUUAUUGACCGCGGGCGCAAUAUGAUUCGGGAAAAUGUGCACUUGCGUUUGGUAUAUACUUUGGUUUUCGUCCUCCUUUCCCUACUGUGCUAACAUUAACCAAAAAUUAAAUUUAAAUGUAAUAGCAUUGGUUGUAUAAAGAAAACACAGCUGUGCUGAAUUUCAAGGGAUGCACCUCAAAUAUUGUGACUCUAUUGGACAUGAGCCUCUUGCGGCUUAUAUAAAACCUGUAGAAAAAGAGAAUUAACGAAUCUUCUUACCCAAGUUCCAAAAAUGUACAUUAUGUUGACCAUCAGCAUGUCCAUAUACAUACGAAAAUCCGGCAUGCUCAUGAACAUGCUCAUAUACGCUACAUGCCAAAAUCCGGUAUGUUUAUGAUCAUAUUAUAUACAUACCAAAGUCCGAUAUGCUCAUGAGCAUGUUCAUAUGCUACAUUCCAAAAUCCGAUAUGCUCAUGAACAUGCUCAGUGAAAUGAAUAUAACUGGAACGCUACCUCAAACCUGAAUAUGAAGCCAAACUUGAAAGCCAGUCCCAGUCUUUUCACGCAUACGAAGAGCGUGGUCAAUCCGUCAACAUGAAUAUGUAUUCUUGAAAACCGGAUUAAAAUUUACGGUCAAAGCUUUCUGUUUUACUUUUUUCUUACAAUUGUUUAUUGAAAGAGCAUUUUUCUGCGAUAAAAGUUGUGCUUCGAGAAAAUCGCGAGACACAAACACGCGUGUCUUGAUCCCCAGACACCCGUGUCUAGGAGACAGAUUUGGCUUCAAUAAAAAGGCAGUUCUAUAUCUAUCUGGAGUAAGAAUUCGCGUCCAAAAAGUGCAGCCAAAGAUGGCAUGCAGAAAUUGACGUCCAGUUCCAGUCCCUCUCCAUUGUUCUGGAACUUCGACUUAGCGAAAGCGGUCACAGAAUUCUGAAAAGUAUUGGAGAAGGAAACGUAAUUUAACAAGCCUUUAAGAAAUAUAAGUAAUUCAGCAUAUUAUUAAUAACACAACAAUUAAGAUCACAUAUGCAGUGUAAUAAUUACUUGGGAGUGAAGAAUUUAAGUUGUCAUUUCCUUGGGCAAAAUAGAUUUGGUGUGACGUACAUACAGACGGUGGUGGAUUUGCGUUGGUUGGAAUGAAGGAUAGUCCUGUAUCUUGGACAGUACCAUCUAAUUCUAGCCCUGUAGAUCCUCAAGGACCCCCACAUUGGUCCAGUGAUCUUGGUGAUGUCAAAGUUCUGGACUUUAGAGUUCAAUUUUCAACUGAUAAAGGUUUUGAAGGAACAAAGGCAGACUGGUAAGAAAGCUUUGGUGCGGACCGCUAAAAAUAUUUCCAUAAGACUUCCUAAACUAAAAUAAACCUCAAGAGUAAUAACAACAAAACGACAAAAAGUGAAAAAGUUGCAGGAAACAAUAUCAAACAAUACAGGAAACCAAGAAAAUAAACAUCAAUAUUUGGUAUAGAAACUGCAAAGGGCAUUGAGGACACCCCCUCAACACAAAACAAGGGAAAAGUAUGCGCUUUCUAAACAGUUUCUUCAAGAUGCACUUCCUUUUGAUUUGAUUUGCUUUCCACCCUUCGUAUAUUAGGCCGUGGGCUGUUGGCCAAAAUUGUUUCGCUUCGUGGCACCCAUGUGGGAAAUACUUGGUUUGGGGUUUUGUUUGAAAGGCAUAUAGGUACAUCACUACCAAAAAAAUUUCCCAAGCAAAAAAGUUGCCCAAUCCCGAGAAAAUGGGUGAUCAAUGAUUAUCCUCUAUUAAAUUGUAUUACAGCAAAAAAGUGGGGAAUUCUGUAUUCAAUUACAAUAAAAAUGACUUGCAUCAUCGGAAAACGUACAAAAAACCGCAUAUAAGACUUUUAAACAGUUUUUUGAUUUUUCAAAUAGUCUUUGAGUUAUCGUUGUUUUAAAUGUGAAAAUUGGACCAAAAUGUCGCAAUAAGGACUGGGUACUAGGUCAAAAACGCUUUUUUGACAGCGUAUAACUCGAAAACAAUUUUAGAUAUAAGAAAACUGUUUAAAUGUCUUAUAUGUAGGUUUUUGUAAGCAUUCUGAAAAUGCAAGUCAUUUUUGUUGUAAUUGAAUACAAAAUUUUACAUUUUCUUGCUGUAAUACAAUUUAAUAGAGGAUAAUCGCUGAUCACCCAUUUUCUCGGUGUUGGGCAAGUUUUUUGCUUGGGAACUUUUUGUGGUAAUUAAGCAUCUAUGGUUCUAUGAAUUGAACGACAGAAAAUCUAUUUCCCAGGAGGGUGCCACAAAAUUGCUUUUCUAGGCACUUUUUCGCACAACAGCCCACGGCCUAUACGGAAAGUCCUGCAAGUAGGAGAAAAACGCGAGUGCUGUGAAAAUUGCAAAAGUAAAAGAUUUCCUUUUUAACUGUAGGUUUUACCGAUUACAUCCGGAACGGAAGUUUGGAAAUCUAUUUUCUGUGAACAACGGAUGUCCGUAUCUGCAAGCUGGAAUUGGAAAUAUUCCAUUUGUCAAGGAUCUCUCGACGCAGUCUGUCCUUACUAAUAAUUUCAAGUGCUCAAAGUUUGGACAACAUGUACAUCAUAUGUUAGGAUGG